AUGAUUCCGUUACGACCACUACUAUCUAUAUUAUCUCUCGCAGGUUCGGCUCUGGCCAUUGGCCAGAAUGCCACUGUUGCUUUCAAUGCCUCCGCCGGAUCGCAUGAACUGGCCUCGCGAGGCUCUUCUGUCCAGAUCAUGGCAGACAACAAUGAUUGGCCUGCUGUGCUAAAGGCAGCUCAUGAUCUGUCCCAAGACUUUGGCCGAAUCACUGGCACCAACGGAUCUGUCAUUCUGUCAAACACAUCCGACGCCUCUGGUGUCCCAGCUUACAAUGCUGGCUCGUACUUCAGCGGCAACCCAAACAACGCCUCGAUGAUCUUCAACAUAACCGGCUUGACCACAUUCAGUACGACAAGUUCUGGAUCAAAAGGAGGAAUUAUCAUUGCGGGAACGAUUGGCAAUUCUUCGCUCAUCGAUGCUUUGAUUCAGAGUGGCAAGAUCAAUGUCUCUGCGAUCAACGGCACAUGGGAAGCUUUCACAUCCACCAUGGUAGCGAACCCAAUGGAAGGCGUGGACCAGGCUCUGGUCAUUGCAGGUAGCGACAGAAGAGGAACUGUUUACGGAAUUUACGACGUGUCCGAGCAGAUCGGCGUAUCACCAUGGUACUUCUGGGCCGAUUCUCCUCCACAGAAGCACGAUUCCAUCUACGCCAUGAACACCACCAAAGUUCAGCCUUCUCCGUCAGUCAAGUACAGAGGCUUCUUCCUUAAUGACGAGGCACCUGCUCUGACCGGUUAUGUCAACGAGAAGUUUGGCUUCAACGAGUAUGGCUCGAAUUUUGGCGCCGACUUCUACCACACCGUUUUCGAGCUUCUGCUUCGUCUGAGGGCCAACUACUUGUGGCCUGCUCAGUGGAACUCAAUGUUCAAUGUUGAUGACCCUAGAAGUCAGAACAUGGCCGAUGCCUAUGGUAUUGUGAUGGGUACUUCCCACACCGAACCCAUGAUGCGUUCGACCAAGGAAUGGAAUGAAUUUGGCAACGGAACCUGGUCAUGGUCCACGAACAAUGCUUCUAUCUACCCCUUUUUCGAGGUUGGCGCAGAAAGACUGCGUCCAUACGAGGGUGUCAUCACCAUGGGUAUGCGUGGCUCAGGUGACACAGCACUCUCGGCUGGUAUCGAGACCGAGCUUCUGGAGAACGUUGUGUCUGCCCAGCGCGACAUUCUUGCUCAAGUCUUUGGUAAUGCCAGCGUCAUGGAUCCCAAUGCUGUGCCUCAAUUGUGGUGUCUGUACAAGGAAGUCCAAGGUUACUACGAGGCCGGUAUGACUGUUCCGGAAGAUAUCACUCUGCUCUGGACGGACGACAACUGGGGCAACAUUCGAAGACUCCCCGUUGGCAACGAAACCUCCAGAAGCGGAGGUGCUGGUGUUUACUACCAUUUCGACUACGUCGGCGACCCGAGAGACUACAAGUGGAUCAACACUGUCCUCAACCAAAAGACUUGGGAACAGAUGCAUCUUGCUUAUGAAAGACAAGCCAGACAGAUUUGGGUUGUCAAUGUCGGAGACCUCAAACCUCUUGAAUUGCCGAUCUCUCACUUCUUCGAUCUUGCUUACGAUAUCAACCGCUGGGACAAAGACAGUACUCCUGAAUGGCUUGAGCUCUGGGCGUCUCGUGAGUUCGGUCCCGAGGUUGCAGCCCAAACUGGAUCACUCAUGAACAAGUAUUCUCUGCUUGCUGGACGUAGAAAGUUCGAGGAAGUCGAUCCUAACACAUUCAGUUGGAUCAAUUAUGAUGAGGCGAAUACUGUGCUCGCUGAGUGGACUGCACUACAGAAAACAGCACAAAGCAUCCUUGAUGGACUGCCCGUCGCCACACAGCCUGCCUUCUUCGAGAUGGUCUAUCACCCUGUCACAGCUGCUCGCACUUACUACGACAUUAUGAUUUCUGCUGCCAAGAACAACGUGUAUGCUCAGCAAGGACGUACUAGUACUAAUGCUAUUGCACAACACGUGCAGAACCAGUUCUCAUACGACCACCAACUUUCCAAGUCUUACAACGGGCUGCUGAAUGGCAAGUGGAACCACAUGAUGGACCAGACUCAUAUUGGCUAUCAAUAUUGGCAGCAGCCUAUGAGACAAGCACUUCCUCCUCUUCAGUACGUGCAGAUGGCCGAGCGUGGUCUGAUUGGAGACUUGGGUGUUGCUGUCGAAGGUUCCAACGCCACCGUCCCUGGUGACGAUCGCUUCCACUCCCUUUCAUCCAUGACGCUCUACCUUCCGACCCUCGAUCCCUAUGGUCCCGCCAGAUGGAUCGAUGUCUUCCAUACCGGCACUCAGAAGAUCACCUGGAACGUCCAAUCUAGCGUGCCAUACUUGAACUUUACUCAAAAGACUGGCACAUUGUCUCCCAACGGCACUACUGAUACCCGCAUCUGGGUGUCCGUCGACUGGUCCAAGGUCGCUCAUGGCGCGAUCAACACGACUACGAUCAACAUUACGAGUUCUGCUGACUACGGUACUCAGUACAGCGUGCCAAGAGUUGUCAUCUCGUACAACAACACUGCCGUACCUUCAAACUUCACCAAUGGACAUGUCGAAUCCGACCGUACCGUCUCAAUCGAAGCCGAACACUACUCCUCAAUUUCAAACGGCGGCAACUCAUCAGUAUCCUAUGAAGUCAUCCCAGGUCUAUCUCGCACGCUCUCAGGCGUUACCUUGUUCCCAGUCACCGCAGACUCUCUCACAACUACGACUGCUCCAGCACUCGAAUACGACUUCUACACCUUUACAAACCUGAGCUCAGGAUACACUCCUAACACCGUCAACGUCACACUAUACCUCGGUACUUCUUUAAACACUGUCCCUGAUCGCCCUCUUCGCUAUGCCGUGCAGCUCGAUGAUCAAAAGCCUCAGACGCGUCAAUAUAUCAUCGAUCAACCCCAAGGUGCUAACCCUACUGGUUGGUUGACUGCUGUUGCAGAUGUGAUUUGGUAUAACGCGACUACUUGGAACUACACAGGUCCUGGCGCGCAUAAGCUGAAGAUUUGGGAGCUGGAGCCUGGUGUUGUUCUGCAGAAGGCUGUUGUUGAUCUUGGUGGUGUGAGGAAAAGUUACCUGGGUCCUCCUGAGAGCCAUAGGGUCUGA